GUUUCACUGACGUGUCGCCGGCGGACCGCGGUGAUGGCGAGAUGGACGGUAUAUAAGCCACCGGUGGUGGUGGUGGCGGGGCAGGGGUCCACCGCCAGGCUCGGAUUGAGGCACACGGGCUCGGAUUCGAGAUGCCGAACUGGGGAGGCGGCGCCAAGUGCGCGGCCUGCGAGAAGACGGUGUACCACGCGGAGGAGAUCCAGUGCAACGGGAGGAGCUUCCACAAGACCUGUUUCAGCUGCAUGACCUGCAAAAAGGCUCUGGACAGCACCACGGUCGCAGCACACGAGUCUGAGAUUUACUGCAAGUCCUGCUAUGGCAAGAAGUACGGGCCGAAAGGCUACGGAUACGGGCAAGGAGCUGGAGCUCUGAGCUCGGAUCCCCCCGGGCAGAACGUAGGCCUGCAGCCUCACGGCUCUAAACCGAGGCCUUCCUCAACCAACUCCAAUCCCAGCAAACCCUCGCAGAAGUUCGGAGGCUCGGACCGCUGCCCUCGCUGCUCCAAAUCCGUCUACGCAGCGGAGAAGGUGAUGGGGGCGGGAAAGCCCUGGCAUAAAACCUGUUUCCGCUGUGCACUGUGUGGUAAAAGCCUGGAGUCGACCACAGUGACAGACAAGGAUGGAGAGCUGUACUGUAAAGUCUGCUAUGCCAAAAACUUCGGCCCAAAGGGAUUCGGUCUGGGGAACGCUGCCAUGUUGGAGGAACGGCCGUGAACGUUUUUGUGGAAACUCACAUUCACCGUUACUCUGCAGCUGUUUUCACUCAGACUCACCUCUUACUUUUACACUGGAUGAUGCUUUGUGAUGUGUGGAUGCCGCACUGGGUAUCAAAUCCAGAAUCUGUGUAACUGUGAACUACUAUCUUACUUUUACAACAGAAACAAUUGGGUAAAUGUUGCAUGAUACAUAUUGUGGUUGAUUCUGAAUCCAAAAUAAAAAAAUGUUUUGAUACUUUAAAA